AAAGCAUGGAUGCUCGGCUGCGAGAAUUUUUGAAGGAGCGCCAAAUUGAAGAGGAUGUGAUUCAGAAACUUCAAGAUGAAAAUAUUGAUGAAACUGUCAUUCCACUAAUGACAGACAGUGACCUGGCCAAGUACAUCCCUAAAGCUGGGGAUAGAGUCUCCACUGUGGCCUUUUGCAGACAAGCAGCACUAACACAACAAGCACCAUCCAGGAAAGAAACCAUCCUAUCAAGGCUACGUCAAAGACUCUCCGGAACUGAGGGGACACCUAGAGCUCCACAAAACAAAUCAUCUAAGUGGGCAGGAAAUGCAAAUGCCAAACGGAAAGUGAGGCGGGUUGAGGUUGGCUGGAUGGAUUUCGAUGUGAAAGAGCAAAGGUACAAACAGGUGAAGUCUGUAAGCGGUGGAGGAACCAGGCAUCUCUCUGUUGACAAAGAUGAAACAGUAGCAGAUAUCAAAGUUAUGGCUGAAAAUCUUUUCUUCCCCAAUGGCCUUUCCAAAAAAAAAAAAGAUCUUUCCCACUAUUCAACUCAUAUUGAGAGCUCCCAGACACAUGUUAAGAUGUCCAAUAGAGUAGAAGAGUUGUAUAACCAAAGCAAGGUCAAAAUUCUCAGACUUUAUUUGUGCACCAAAAAGAAAACAGGACCGCAGCCCGCAGUAGGAGAGGAGGAUGAUCUCUCAGUAACCCAGCCCCCAUUGAUAGAUCUCACUGAACAUGAACAGAAACAGGCUGUUGAAAAUCUGUUGGUGGAAAACAGAAAUUCAGAGUCCCCAAAUGUCGAUGAAACUAAUUAUGGAGCUUCCUCAAGUGAAGACUUGGAACUGAAUGACACAUUACAGUGGGAUGGUCUGCUAACUCUGGGUUCUGUAGAAAUAUAUUGGGUUUAG